AUGGAGAGCUUCAAGGGCACCGAGACCGAGCAGCACGCUCACACCACCCCGGCCGCCUGCCGCCUGGCCUGCCGCCACUCGCCCUCGUGCUCCCACUACAGCUUCUACGGCGGCAAGUGCUUCUGGUACACGCGGGACGGCGAGGGAAGCAUGGCGACGACCACGGGAAGGAUGGUGUCUGCGAUGGCGAAAAUUCCUGACUGCAAUGUCGACGACGCUUGCUUGAACCUCAAGCUCUACCGGGAGCAGGCGCAUCUCUCCGGCCGUUAUUGCCACGUCGGCCACGACGCGGCCCGCGGCGCCGUGUGGAAACGGCAGGGCGUUACGCCACAGGAGAGCUACUACCUCGUGAAGUAUGCCGCCUCGGACGACGCGCUGGUCGCCGGCGCCGCGUGCGACAGACCAGACGGCGGGUACCUCGUGCGCGAGGUGGACCCAGCGCUUGACACCGUCGAGGACAGCGCCCACUUCGAGCUGCGCGGCCGCGUGCGCGCGUGCCUGAGCCCCGACGUGCUCGCCCCGGUGCUCGCCGCGGCCCCGCCGCCGGCACGGCGCCCCGCCGCGCCGCCGCCGGCCUCCUCGCGGGCGACCUCGGCCCCGGCGCCCUCGCCCGCGGCCCCCGCGGCCCCCCGCCCGCGGGCCACGCUGGCCCUCAGCCAGGGCGUGCAGGAGGGCCAGGGCGCGGCGCAGGCCAGCGUCUUCCAGUGCGCCUCGGCCAACAACCUGCGGCUGGGGGGCUGCGCCGAGUGCUCGAUGCAGCUCGAGUGCGGCUGCUUCGGCAGGGUGAAGUACGGGUACGGCGAGAAGUGGACCGCGUGGGUGGACGUGGCCGGGUCGAUCGAGUGCUCCAACAGGGCCUUCGGGGCCGACCCUUUCGUGGGCCACGGCAAGAUCUGCAUGUGCAGCGGCAGCGCGACGGACCCGGGCGAAGCGCAGCCCGAAGCGGGCGGCCCCGCGCCGAGCAUCGUCCUCUCGAUGCUCCAGGUGGCCUCGGAGGAGUCCACGGAGUCGGCGGACGCGCCUGAAGACGCAGUCCCGUGCGACGUCUCCGACGGGUCGAGCUUCAGCUCCGCCUAUCCCUGCCAGUGCGGGCCGAGCGUGUGCAGCCACAACGAGGCCUGCAGCGCGCCGGCCGGGCGGUGCGAGGCCGCGCCCCGGCUCCGCGUGACGUGGCCGGCCGGGUGCGCGCCCGAGGCUGCGGGUGCCGGCGGCGCCGUCCUAGCCCUCAGGGGCACGCUCGCCAGUGGGGCACCCUUCUACGGCAGCGCCGAGUUCUACAUCUACUACGAUCCAGACUGCGACGGCCAGGGCACCACCGCCAGGUGGGUCCUGGACCGCGACGCCCCUGACGUGGGGGUGGGGAGCGACCUCGACCGCGACAGGCGGUGCGCCUACGAGGCUCACGCCGACGCCCCCGGCCUGCUGUCGGGCCCGCCGUCGGGCAGCUCGUCGUGGACGGUCAGCUGCAACGGUACGUGGACCUCCGCGAAGCUCACGGUCAGCCUCGAGGACCAUGCCUCGCUCGCGCCCGCGGAGUGCGCCGCGCCGCGGGGCCUGGCGCGCGCGCCGGGCGAGGGCGGGCCCGGGGCCGUCGUCGCCGACGCGCCCAGCACAGGCGAGUCUGACGACUUCUGGCUGCACCCGUGCGACUGCGUGCCGCCUGGGUGGGGCGGGGCCCCGCCCGUGGGCGCCACGGCGUACGACAGCAUCCCGCCAGAAAGCGGCAACAUUUUCAUCCCCCCGCCCACUUUGAUCGUCGAGGGUCAGUUCAUGUGCGACAGGCAGCAUGUCCUCGCCAUGCACGACCUGUCCGAGGACGAGGCCUCCACCCAGGCCAGGUGCGAGACGCUCUGCAAGGACGACCCUGCCUGCAGGUUCUACUGGACCGGGCUGCGGCGGGAGUCCCUGUCGUGCCACCUGUACUCGGGCUGCGACGCGCUGGUGCGGGAGUCCUCGUCCACGGGCAAGCUUGUGGCUGUCCCCAAGCAGGACAUGUGCCACAUUGCAGAUCCUGAUGCGUGCUGGGCCACAACUCUGCGGCGGGAGUUCCUGACAAAUCUGGAGGCGGAGACAUGCGGCUCUCACUCAUGCCCGCGAGGCCAGAUGCUUAAGGAGGGCUACGAGCGCAUCGCGUGCGGCUUCCCUGGCGAUGCGGAGUCCAAGACCUGCAGCGAUGCCGAAUGCUGUAUGGACGUGCACCGGGUCGUCAAGAUGGCAGAUGGCAAUGAGCAGUGCGUGUCUGCGGAUUUGGCAGAUGCCGAGACGCACGCUGCUAUGUGCUGCAGUGACUCGCCAGGGCCAGGAAUGAAGCUUUUGUCGGAUGCGCACUGCGCAAAGCACGUGGCGACUUCGUGCGGCGCUGCCUCGAGCUACUUCCAGGCGGAGGCGUACUGCAGACAGAGAGGAGCCAGGCUGUGCUCCGCCGCAGAGGCCAGGAAUUGCUCUGGGCUUGCCUGCGAGGAAAGGUCUGUGUGGACGAGCCAGACGUGCCCUGUGCAGGACCAGGGCUGCAAAGACUUCAGCGGUUACGAGAAGAUCUGCCCUGGUCUGGAGUGGGCCGGCAGCAAGUGCGCCUUCCACGUCCCUUCGAGCGGCAGGACUUGCUCAGGGUACUGCGCAGAGCACGGCAGCAUCUGCGUGGCAGCUGCCGCGCACGUCGGCAGCUGCAGGGCCUCUGAGCCCGGAGCCGCCGAGGGUCCGUUUCCGAGGACGAGGUCGUACUGUGACGUGCCCCGCGAGGAUCUGCUGUGUGUCUGCGACAACCUGGCAGCGAACCAGACGAUGCUGGAUGGCGGGGUGUCGCGAGGCCUGCCGCAGGGGUCGUCUCUGUUGCAGGUGGCCAGUGCCGUCAGCUCGAUUGGUCACGACGGGGGCGUUCAUGCUUCACGCCGAGUGGCAGCAGGGGCGGGUGCAGGCAGCAGCGGAGCCCAUCUGAAGACAAGCUCGGCAGCGCAUGCCACGAAGACCGCUCUCCCGAAGAGCAAGCAUCAUAACGAACAUAACAACACAAGAAGUGUUGCCUCGAUGGCGAUCGCUGCCCCUCCAGUGAAUGGUGCGAAGACGACUGUGCUGAAGAAGAAAGCCAAGAGUGUUGCCUCGGUGACGAGCACGAGCGCAGGCAAGCACAAGUCUCAGAAGGUGCGCAGCACGCCCUCGUCCCCCGCUGCAGAGGCGUCGGCCGAGUCGCACACGAAGAAGAAGAAGAAGAACCCGACGGAGCUCCCGCACGCCCACGACGCCCUGGCGAACGCGUCCGGGGACGCCGCGGUGCAUCGCGGGGUGCACGGCGCCCUCGCCUCUGCUGCUGCAGAAGCGUCGACCGCAUCGCACCCGAAGAAGACGAAGAAGCAGCAGCAGCAGCAGCAGCAGCAGCAGCAGCAGCAGACGCCAGCCGCGCACGACGCCGCUCGCGACGCUCAGGCCCACGGCACCUACGGCCGCCACUACCUCCUCCAGGGCCGGUGCCCGGCUCACUUCCCGCUGUGCCAGAAGAGCAGCGGCAAUUGCAUGGUCGAGGGCUGCAGGUCUGGGUGCAAGAACCUGUCUCAGGGAAGCGCCUGGCAGGAGAACCCUCGGGGCGAGCACGGCUACAUCCACGGGUACGACGCGAGGGGCGCCCGCUGCAAGCAAGACUACCAGGCGGCCGGGUCGGUGGAUUACUCCAUCCGGGUCGCUAAGCCCAGCCCAGCCUAUUGCUUCAACGUGUGGGGGGGAGACAUCAAGCAAGGAACAGAGAUCCGGAUCUACGACGCGUGCGAGGGCACCAAGAACGAGAACUUCUUCUACCACGACGAGACUCAGUCGAUCCGGGUGCUGUCGGCUCCGGAGCUCUGCUUCGCUGCCUGGGGGAGCUCGCUCAGCCUCGGCGCCGAGAUCAAGCUGCACUCGUGCGCGGGGACACUCGAGCAGAAGUUUGCGUACAGGUGGCAGGACGGCUCCAUCCGUCCAGCCGCCAACGAGACGCUCUGCCUCAGCGCCGGCAGCCCCGUGCAGAGCGGCAACAGGGUCGUGCUGUCCGCCUGCGGCGGCAACGCCUCGGGCAGCGUGUUCCACUUCCAGGCGCCGUCGGUGGUGGAAAGCGCAGGCUCGGAGAUUGCAACCGCAACCUGCCCACCGGACACGUGGGUGCAGAAGUGCGAGUCGGUUCCCGCCAACGCGGGGAACGGCGUGCGACCGCUGGAGGACGGGUCUGGGUGCCAAGCCCUCGCGGAUGGUGCGCCGAUCAGGGCGAGGGCCUUCUGCCACAGGUGGGCGAACACCGUCGGCGUGGUGAGCUCUCCUCUCUACGAGGACUUCGCGACCCUGGUCGCCAAGUGCGAGACAGGCAAGGCUACCUCCUGCAUGUGCGAGACCAAGUGGGGUGCGAACAACACGUGCGGGCCGUCCACGGAGUUCUCGCCCGCCAACGGCGAGUGCAUCCUGGAGGUGCCGAAGCUCGCGGGCGAGAGGCGCAGUGCCGUCGACAGCACUGGCGUGGGCGCGAAGCUCUGGGCCGUCUGUGGGCAGUUUCCCAGAGCAGCAACUCCAACGCCCACUCCCGCGGUGCGGAAUUGCCAGAAGUUCUCCGGCUAUGAGCGGGUCUGCGACGGUCUGGACUGGGCCGGGGGCAACUGCGCCUUCCAGGUCAAGACCGGCGGGGAGACCUGCAGGAGCUACUGCGAGAACCGCAGCAGCACCUGCGUCGCAGCUGUGGAGCAUGACGGCGCGGGUUGCGGCUUCAAGACGCAGCCCGAUGCGAAAUGGGGGGCCCCGAUGACGGCCGCGUUCUGUGACGCCACGCUCCAGAGCAAAAUCUGCGUCUGCGAAAAGAAAGGCUGCGAGCCUGGCUACUGGGAGCAUCCCGAGCAGGGCUGCAUGGCGUGCUAUGGGAACACGAGGCGGAGGAGGGCGACCAGCUGCACGCACUGCGGAGCGGGCUCGACUGGUGGGCCGGGCUCCGAUGACUGCGACGUUUGCUCGUAUGGACAGGUCAGGCGCCGUUCUCUAUCGCUCUCUGGAAGGUCUUGCACGGAUUGUCCUGCGGGGACGUACAAGACAGACAACAGUGUCGAUGAGUGUUACGAGUGCAAUUUUGGAACGCGUCGCCGGACCAAAGGAACCAGCACUCCGCUCAAGUGCACCACUUGUCCUCUUGGGUACAUCGGGCACAUCGGGGAGUGCAAGAAGCUGCCUCCAGGCGCCAUGUACAACCUCACCAUCGAGCAGCGCAACGUCACUGUCGUGUCGACGCCAGCGCCGGCGCCGGUCGUGCCGGAGCCAGUGCUUGUGCCAGCGCCAGAGACGCUGGCACCUCCAGAGACGAAGGAAGCUUUUCAGUGUAGUUCGUGGUGCGCGGAUCACACGGACGUGUGGGACUUCAAGUGCAAGUGGAUGAAGUGCAGGGGCUGCUCGGACUGCGCCGGCGAGCUGGCGAUGGAAGCGUGGGAGGCUCAGAAGGCCCAACUCGCGGCGCACCCAUCCAGGGCCCAGCGGAGCGAGCCCAGGGCACAAGCUGCGGCUGCCGAGGCGUCGGGUCAGGUGACGGUGAAGGCCUGCUUCUGCGACCACGGCGUCGCGCCAGCCCCUGGAGCGGAGUGCCCCGGCGGGCACUUCUGUGCGAGGUGCAACAGCUGGGAGGGGUACUACCUGGCGAAUGGUGUCUGCGCCGCGAAGGAGUGCACGUGCAGCAAUGGGACGGGCGCGGUGGGCGUCCAGUGCUCCAGGCACGGCGCGGAGCAGUGCGCCAGCUGCGACCGCGGCUUCGAGCUCCUGCGGACGAAGAGCGCGAGGUGUGUAAAGUCUGCAGGCUACAAGGUGCCAGCAUUCCACUACUUGCGCCUCUACCGGGAGUGCGACCAGGCGCUGCUCUUGGGCGGCGACGGGGUGGAGUCGUGCUCCCGCCCGGCGUACGCCGACCCGGCCUCGCACCAGUGGGCCCACAAGCGCCAGCUCCCCUCGGGGUUUCAGCACGGGGAGGAGCUGGGCGUGUCCUGCUGGGCGGAGCGCUUCGCGGGCGCCACCUCGGACGGGAAGGCUGCGGCAUCGGCCGAGCUCCAGUGCGUCAACGGCGAGUGGUUUGACAGGGCCACGGGCCGCCCCGGCCUGCGGGACUUCCAGUGCAGGGCCUGCGUCCAGGUGGCGGCUCCAGGCUACAGCGACCGCCAGCAGCAGGACAAGCAGGAGCUCAUGUGGCUCAGGCGGAUCAAGACACAGAUGUACUCCGACUCUGUCAACGCCAGCGCGCGUCUCUGCCUCGCCUCGAAUGAGUCAGGAAGCGGCCCAGAUGCGGUCACGCUGACGCAGGAAACCCAGUGCUUUCAGUUCCUGUUCAAGGACUCUCCGGCUUCGCCAUCGGAAAGCAGGCUGGUUCAGGUAGUGGGCCAGAACAACCGCUGCUUGACGGGAAAGGCUGGGGAAUUCCAAAUGGAAUUGGCGCUCGAGCCCUGCGACCCGCGCUCCAUCUCGCAGCUGUUCUCUGCCCGCGAGCUUUCUGGCAUCCUCGGGAAGUGGCGGGGCAGCACGACUCACGGAGAGGACGGCGACGUCCCGACCGUCCUGGAGCCGCUCGGGACGGACAUGAGCGCCGCAGCGGCGGACGAGGGCAAGUACUGCCCCGUGGACACGGACGCAACUGGCCGGGCCGUCUACGAGCAGGAGGGCGUGCUGUCCGGCCCUCCAGGGCGCCUGCAGUACAGCGCCUCGAGGGGCGCGUGGUGCCUGGGCGCGGUCUGCGCUGAGCACGCGGCGGCGUCGCCUGUCGGCGCUCGGGCCCCGAGUUUCGAGGUCGUGGCCAUCACUGACUUCGCCGGUGAGUUCGAGGGGCUGUCUAG